AGCGACCUCUAGCAAAUGCCAUUUAUGUCAAUCAAAUAUUCAACAAAAGAUACAAGUCAUCACAAAAAGUUUCUCGCAAUGGCUGAAGUGGAUGUUAUUAUUCCGGAAAAAGAUGAGGUCAUGACCGAUCUCAAAGCCACAAAAGAUGUGACUCAUAGUACACUUGAGGAUUUGGACACCGAAGAUUUGUAUGUAAAAUUAAAGAAACUCCAAAAGACAUUGGAGUUUUUAGAAGUGCAAGAGGAAUACAUCAAAGAUGAACAGAGAAAUUUAAAGAAAGAAUAUCUUCAUGCUCAAGAAGAAGUAAAACGUAUUCAGUCGGUUCCGUUGGUAAUCGGACAGUUUUUGGAAGCGGUUGAUCAGAAUACUGGUAUUGUUGGUUCAACCACCGGUUCAAAUUACUAUGUACGCAUUUUGUCAACAAUCGAUCGUGAACUGUUAAAGCCAUCGGCCAGUGUUGCGUUGCACAAACACAGCAAUGCAUUGGUCGAUGUAUUGCCACCAGAGGCGGAUAGUUCAAUUUCAAUGUUGCAACCCGAUGAAAAGCCAGACAUUUCAUACGCAGACAUUGGUGGCAUGGAUAUGCAAAAACAAGAAAUUCGUGAAGCAGUCGAAUUACCAUUAACACACUUUGAACUCUACAAGCAAAUUGGUAUUGAUCCACCUCGCGGUGUUUUGAUGUAUGGACCACCCGGAUGUGGUAAAACGAUGUUGGCCAAAGCGGUGGCUCAUCAUACAACCGCUGCAUUCAUUCGUGUCGUUGGUUCCGAAUUCGUGCAAAAAUAUUUGGGCGAAGGGCCACGUAUGGUGCGUGAUGUUUUCCGUUUGGCAAAAGAAAAUUCACCAGCAAUUAUUUUCAUCGAUGAAAUUGAUGCGAUUGCAACGAAACGUUUUGAUGCACAAACCGGCGCUGAUCGUGAGGUUCAACGUAUUUUACUUGAAUUGCUUAAUCAAAUGGAUGGUUUUGAUCAAACAACCAAUGUUAAAGUAAUCAUGGCCACCAAUCGUGCCGACACACUCGAUCCGGCAUUGCUUCGUCCGGGUCGUUUGGAUCGUAAAAUUGAAUUUCCAUUGCCGGAUCGACGUCAAAAACGUUUGGUAUUCACAACGAUUACGGCAAAAAUGAACUUAUCCGAAGAUGUCGAUUUGGAAGAUUAUGUGGCUCGUCCCGAUAAAAUCUCUGGCGCUGAUAUCAAUGCCAUUUGCCAAGAAGCCGGUAUGCAUGCGGUUAGAGAAAAUCGUUAUAUCGUUCUAGCCAAAGACUUUGAAAAGGGCUACAAAAAUAACAUCAAAAAAGAUGAACAAGAACACGAAUUUUACAAAUAAAUCAUUUCCAUCUUUUUCAUACGA